AUGGGGGUUACCCGCCUGCAUCGCUGCAGCCUGGAGGAAAUACGGGUGGAUACACGGCUCAGCCGCAGUAUCAAGCGUAUCCAGGUGGGGCUCCUGGAAAUUCGUCCCCACGCCUACAGUGCUCGCUCCGUCAACUCUUCCCCACUUCGUCGCUGGUCUCGACAACAUCGUGCAACCAUGUCGCGACCGUACUAUAACCAGCAGGGGGGAUAUCCUCCUCCGCACGUGGGCCCAGCUCAGUCACCUAAUCCAAUGGCGCCGACCCCACCGCCGCAACCACAGUAUCGAGCAUACUCUCCGUCCACCAUGGCUCCCUUGGUUCCUCCGAAUAAGCCAGUGCCUUCACCUUCUCCGGCCCCUCCUGGUUACUCGGGCGCUCCCCAGCCCUCGCAGUCUCCCGCAUCUUCGGGGUAUCCUCAACCGCCGUACAGCUCUCCGCCGCUGCAGGGCUAUCCCCAAGCUCCCUAUGGCACAGACCCACGAUAUCGACAGCCUCAGGGGUACGGACAACCGCAGGCAUAUGGGCAACCUCAGGGAUAUGGACAGCCCCAGGGCUACGGCCAACCUCCCGCACCUCCCGCACAGCCUCAACCAUACGGAGCUCCUGGGUCACAGUACCCUACACACUCAUCUCCCUAUGCACCUCCAUAUCCCCCGCAGAAUGCACCCUACCCAGGGGGACCCGUUCGUGCCCCGCAGCCUGGACCUCCAGGGCCCCCAGGACCCCCAGGACCCCCUGGCUAUGGAUACGGAGCUCCAGGGGGGGCGCCUCCCGCCCCCCGAGCCACCGAGCAGCAGAUUGCCGCCUAUCGCCAGCUCCUGAUCGGAACCAUUCAGGAGAAAAACCUCCAGCACUUCUAUCCUCCCGAUAGACUGGAUCGACUUAUCCAGGGCCUAGCCAACGACGCACCCGCCAGAGUCAACAAACUGAUGCAUGAAUGGGCAGUUCCCCAGGAAGUGGCCAUUGAUAUUAUCAAGCUCUCUCUGUUCGAUGUCAUCCUCUACGUGGACGACAGCGGUUCAAUCGAAUUCGAAGAAAAGGGGGUGAGAAAGGAGCAAUUGAGACAGAUCAUCGGCAUUGUUGCGACAGCUGCGUCUACUUUCGACGAGGAUGGCAUCUCCGUGCGGUUCAUGAACUCCAUGGAAGUCGGUGAUGGAAUCCGCAGCGUGGACGAUGUCAACAUGCUCGUCUCGCGAGUACGAUUCUCGGGACUAACUCCGCUGGGAACUAGCCUUAAGAACAAGGUUCUCGAACCGAUGGUCGUAGGCCCUGCUCGAGCGGGGCGCUUGCAGAAGCCUGCUUUGAUUAUCACAAUUACGGAUGGCCAACCCGCCGGAGAGCCCCUGGAUACGGUCGCCAACUCGAUCCGCUUCGCCAUUCACGAGGUAUCUCGGACUCCGUACGGACGAGGUGCCGUCUCUUUCCAGUUCUCGCAGGUAGGUAACGACACCAAAGCUCGCGAUUUCCUUUCCAGCCUGGACGAGGACCCGCACAUUGGAAACCUGAUCGACUGCACAUCCAAUUUCGAGGUGGAACAAGACGAAAUGUCUCGUGCCAACCCACCGAUCCAUCUGACGCGAGAACUUUGGUGCGCUAAGUUGAUGCUCGGCGCCAUUGACUCGUCCUAUGAUACCAAAGAUGAAAAGGCGGCCGGCCGUGCCGGUGGUGCAGUAGCUCCCCCUCCUGCCGGUGGCCCGGGCGCAUACGGAGGCGGCUACAACGCACCACCCGGCCAGGGCCAGCAAGGCUACCCUAAUCAGCCUCCUGCCCCGAACUACAACCAGCCAGGACCAUACGGCUCUGGCCCGGGAUACGGUCAACAACCACCCUAUCCUCCCGGCCAGGGUCAGCCUCCGGCACCAGGGUAUGGACAACCGUACGGUGGUCAUGGCUCAGCCCCGCCCCGUCCAUCUGGAUAUGGCCCUCCUCCCGGGGGGGCCCCUCGGGGAUAUCCACCGCAGGGGUACGGACAAGGUCCCCCACCUCCGCCCAGGUAUUAG